UUCAAGUAUAAUUUUAAUUUCCUCCUUUUUCACUGGUAGAUCUUCACGAAAUCAAAUCUAGGGCUCUUUCCUUUUCAAUCUCCCCCAAUUCUCAUCUCAAUCAAAUCCAGAAAUGUCAGCAUCAAGAAGAUUGCGCGAAUUACAAUCACAUCCAGGAAACAAAACCUGCGUAGAUUGCUCCCAAAAAAACCCACAAUGGGCAUCAGUCUCAUACGGAAUCUUCAUGUGUUUAGAAUGUUCAGGUAAGCAUCGCGGAUUAGGAGUGCACAUAAGUUUCGUCCGAUCAGUAACAAUGGAUUCAUGGUCUGAAAUCCAACUCAAGAAAAUGGAAUCAGGUGGGAACGACAAAUUAAACGCCUUUUUAUCAAAUUACGGGAUCCCUAAAGAGACCAAUACCAUAGCAAAGUAUAAUACUAAUGCGGCUGGUGUUUAUAGGGAGAGAAUUAUUGCUUUAUCUGAAGGGAGGGUGUGGAAUGAUCCACCGGUUGUUAAAGAGGAGGUGAAGAAGCAGGAGACACGGCGCGGUGGUGGUGGUGGGGGAUGGGAUAAUUGGGAUGAUGAUGGUGUUGGGCGGAAUAGUGAUAUGAGGAGGAAUCAUUCUGCUGUUAAUAUUAGUGGGAGUGGGGGUGGUGGGGUGCCGGUGAGAUCGAGAUCGACACAGGAUAUGUAUUCGAAGUCCGAGUAUGAAGCGUCUGCUGCUAAUAAGGAGGAUUUCUUUGCUAGGAAAAUGAUGGAGAAUGAUAGUAGGCCGGAGGGUUUGCCGCCUUCAAAAGGUGGGAAGUAUGUUGGGUUUGGAUCGACUCCUGCGCCGAGCUCGAAUCAGAGGGAUUAUUCUCAAGGUGGCGGUGCUGGUGGUAGUGGUGCAAUUAAGGAUACUGUUUUUCAGGGUCUUGGUAGGUUAUCACUGGUUGCGGCAUCGGCUGCUCAGUCUGCGGCUAGCGUAGUUCAAGCUGGGACAAAAGAACUAACGUCCAAGGUCAAAGAGGGUGGCUAUGAUCACAAGGUAAAUGAGACAAUGAAUGUUGUCACCACAAAAACAACAGAGAUUGGUCAUCGUACUUGGGGAAUAAUGAAAGGUGUCAUGGCAAUUGCUUCACAAAAGGUUGAAGAGUACACCAAAGAAGGUGUUGCCCCUUGGAAGGGAGGAGAUGAUUGGCAAAGGAAUGAUAGCCAAAGUAAUGGAUUUUAUCAGGAGUUUGGGAAGGAAACCAAGGGAUGGAACAACAGCAGCGCCAACAACUCGUAUGUGUCUGGUGGAGGUGGAGUCAACACUUCAUCUGGUAAACAGCUCAACUCGGUUUCUUCAUCAAACUCUUGGGAUGAUUGGGAUAGUAAAGAUGCAAGUGCCCGUAAGGAAGAGUCUGCAAAAGGAGGAAGUGGUGCUACUGCAGCUGCUUCUGAUAACUGGGCUGGUUGGGAUGAUCCGAAAGAUGACGCCUAUGAUGAUGGUUUCCACAACAGUUCAUCAAACCAUAAUAGUAAGACAAAGGGAACAUCAGAGGAUUUGUGGGCUGAAGGUGGAUUUCGGUAGAUGAACCGCGACCUGUUUGGUCUUUUCUUGUGUAGAAUGUAUACACCCUACAAAUUUGGGGUAAAACAGAGCAUUGUUGUUUUUCUUAUUAGCAAAACAGUCUUGUUGCACGCAGGAAGAGAAGGAUGAAAUUGGGCUAAAUUGCCUUAAUUUAUUAAAAAUACUAGUAAUUAUGUUUGAUUUUAUGUAAACAACAGAUUUUCAUAAAAUAAUUUUCUUAAAUUUUGAAUGAAAUUGCAUUAAA